CUGAUGCAUCCCAUUGGCUGCUGGUACCGUUGAUGGUGAUUUCAAACAAUCAUGCAAGAAGAAAACCGUGCAAGCGAUGAGGUCUUUCACCAGACAGAACACCCAUCAGGAGUGCGAACUGUUCUGGUGUUUGUACUUUAUUUGUUGUGCUUUACGGCCUCAACGACAGGAGAGAAGAUAUCAUGUUCUGUUCCUUCGGCCGAGCUGAACAAAGAAACACAACUAACGUGUUUCUUCAGCGAAGACCUCAGUCGAAGCAAGAAGGACUUCACCGUCUACCACUAUCUACAGCAAGGCAACCCGGAUGCUGUGGUGGACUGCUGGUGGCUCAACGGGAAACUGGACUGCUUCAUGAGACCGGGUUUCGAGUUCAACAUGGACGUCACAAACAAUCUGACGGUCCGUCUGCCGUGCGUGGAGGACAACCAGGCCGGGACAUACGCCUGCCAGGUAGCAGGUUAUAGACCUGAACACCUGAACACCUGUGAACUUGAAGUGAAGCCAGCUGCUGUCGCUAUGGCUGCUCAACAGUCUAACCAGCUUGAUGUAGAACAGACAGAGAACCUAAAGACAACAUGCCUGGCGACUGUGGAAGUGUUGGGGAAGCCAGCAACAGUCACAUGCAGUUUUGGUGGCAAGCCCUCGGAAACUUUUCUCGUAUCUCACAUCGCCGCAAAUGGCUCUGAAGAUUAUCCACUCCUGUGUAUGUUGGUGAACGGGGCACACACAUGCGAGGUGCUACCCGAGUACACCCUGAGGGUGGAAUUACGACCUUUGCAGAGCUUCACAUUGACAGCGUGACCCAAGCACACCUGGGCAGGUACCAGUGUCGGGGGCUGAGUGUGCCCAGUGACAACCAUGGUCACUGUGAGAU